AUGCGCCGCAGUCGGUUCAUGAACUCGUCCAAAUCCAGUGCUUCCUCAGGCCCUGCCAAACGGGUCCUUGGUGAGUCGCGGGAUAAUGGCAACUCGGCCGUUUCUCCAGAGCCUCCCGCUCUCGAAGCCAUGGCCGACAAGGUUUCCACCACUCCUCCAAGCCCAGGGCUGUUCAGAGGAGGCCAGGAAAGCCCCCUCGUCCUCUCCCCCGGUGAGCAGACAGAGGACGGCUCCGCCCCCGGACGAGAAAAACGACGAAGCGGAAACAUGGAGCCAACAACACUCUCCUCUAGCCCUUUGAAACGUGCGGACGUUGACAUGGCUCUGGACCCCCUCGGUGCUGAGAGCCCAUCGGCCAAGCGUAGGAGCCUGCACGGCGUCAGCUUUGGAGCCGAUUUCGAUGUCUUCGAGUCCAGCUACUCGGCCAUCAACUCUCCCUUAAACAGUCCAAAUACGAAGGAACCUCGAUUCCCAGCUCCCGGCCACUACUUUUCUACCAUCCCAAAGCGGUCCUCCUCGCUGAGAAGGUCAACCAUCCAGCAACGACACCAAGAACGAUCUCCAUUUGCUCGAAAGACUAGCGCAGAUAAUGAUGGAUCCCUUGUGCUACAGAACAAGUACCGCAUGCCAGUUGACAGCUCGACCUUUCUCCCCCUCAAUGCAGCCGAUUCCUCGCCUUCUCCUAAUUCGCCAACACCAUUGUUCGCGUCCCAUUCGACAUCGACCUUCCACCCUCCAAUGCAUCCCCUGUCACGCACUAUCACGCAGUCUUCGUCAAGCUCGAGCGUGGGGGAUGACUCUCCCACCAACAGGCCUGUGAACACGAACUUUACAGAAUCCAGGCCGAUCUUGAAUUUCUCCAAGUCACUCCCAAUUGGUGCUGUAGCACCCAGAGCGCCCAGUCUGCUACGACAAGAAUCUUCCAAUGCCUCUGCGUCUCCUUUCUCCACCCCGGAAAACUACAAGCUCGUGAAACCCUUGCCGGCGGCUUUCAUGUCUACAGGGUUGAUUUCGAAGAAAAACAAGAAUGCGUCGGACUUCCGUAACAGCUCGACCAUGAGCCACAACAUGCCCGAGACCCCUUGCAAACGAGCAUCUAACGUACUUUUCGGGCCCAAACCCGUACAUCAUGCCAACAGUGCAAAAUUCCUUCCCUAUCACAAAUCCUCCAACUCCUUUGAAACCCCAUUCACCCAUCGUGUGAAGGCUUCUUCGUCCCGCAUUAUGUCUACGUGCUCUCGUCGUGGAAGUCUGGCUAGCCUUGACGGAGAUAUUAGCUCGAUUCCACUAUCGCCAUCAGCUGUUUUUGACAGUCAAUGUGCCACUGACUCAGACCUUCCUCCCACACCUACCAAGCGAGGACUCUUCCCACACCACGUUUCUAGUUCCACACCAUUUCAAUUCCAAGCUUCAAGCCAGCACAACUUCGAUGCCACCAGGGCCGAAUCAGGUUUAUUUUCGAGCCCGUUCUACUGUAAAACACCUGAAUCCGGACCUCCUAAAACUCCGAGGGAUCACACUUUGACUCCGGAUGCCAGUAGUCUCUCAAUUACGGCUCCAGAUGACCAUACCUUUAGCCUGGUUGAGGCAAAUGCAUCCACCUUGCCGGCUACCCCUACCGCCCCUCGCGAAUCGUUCCCAAACAUUGGGAAACGAUCUAGUUUCCCGCUGGGAAGUUAUAAUUCCCCUGAUAUUGACCCGUGCCUAAACUCACGCUUUGACAAAGUGGAGCUUAUUGGCACUGGAGAAUUUUCCCUUGUUUACUCCGUCUCCGAACGCUCUUCUCCACCAAACCAGCUUUUCCAAUCUCAAACACCCCUCUCAUCCAACUCGACAACUACCAACACCGGAAGCAGAAAGCUAUGGGCUGUCAAAAAGUCCAAACAACCAUAUGCAGGCUCCAAGGACCGCGAAAGACGGAACAAUGAAGUAGUUGCCCUUAAAGCUCUUCGUGAUUCUGACCAUAUUAUCAGCUAUGUUGAUAGCUGGGAAGAUAAAGGCUACCUUUAUAUUCAGACUGAGUUCUGUGAAGAAGGAAGCCUUGAUGUGUUCCUAUCUCAGGUUGGCCUAAAGGCACGGCUAGACGACUUUAGGAUAUGGAAAAUACUCCUUGAGUUGGCACAUGGCCUGAAACAUAUCCAUGAUACUGGAUUUAUUCACCUUGACUUGAAACCAGCGAACAUCCUCAUCACAUUCGAAGGCGUUCUAAAGAUAGCAGACUUCGGCCUUGCCACUCGAUGGCCUGCAGCUGCUGGGAUCGAAGGUGAAGGCGACAGAGAGUACAUCGGACCAGAAGUUCUGAUGGGCCGUUACGACAAACCUGCUGACAUCUUCGCUCUUGGGCUGAUCAUGUUCGAGAUUGCGGGUAACGUCGAGCUACCUGAUAAUGGGGUCUCUUGGCAGAAACUUCGCAACGGCGACAUGAGUGAUGUUCCAAGUUUGACCUGGAGUGGCGAAAGCAGUAACAUACUUCGUGAUGCAUCCGGCAACCCCUUGGUAGAGUCUUCUCUCAGAAAUCUCUCUUCAUUCGACGAUUUUGACAAAGAUUGCUCUUCGCAGGAGGUGUCUUCCAACUACUUCCAGCUCGCUCAGCGAAAGGAUGCUCCUAGUGCCCGCAGUGGAGAACUUGCGGAGCCACCAGCCUUCAUGGUUGAUGCAGACAAUGACCAAGCUCUCGAUAAACUGGUUGGAUGGAUGAUUUCUCCUAACCCACCAGAUCGUCCUGUUGCUGAAGAGGUCCUUCAGUCCUUUGGUGUGCAAUGGGCCGAGCAGAGACGCCGGGCAGGUGCAACGAUCUUCGAAGGGAACUGGGGCCCGGCAGAUGAAGUUCUAAAUGAAGACGCGGAGAUGAUGGAUGUUUGA